UAUAUUAUAAAAUGUAUUGUCGGCACAAUUAUCUAUAUUUUUAGUAUCGUAAACAAAAAUUAUUAGUUUAGUCAAAAAUAUGUAUUUUUUUAGUAUGAGAUGUAUCAGCCCAACGUUAUAUUGUGACAGGCAUCGAGUCCGUAAUAUCGAUUCAAGUGUUGCAAAAUGCGGACAUGUGAAGAAACAAUUCGUUAUAAACUUAUAACAGCGGUACUCCGGAGUCAGGAGUUCAGGACCUCAGGGGCUCAGGAGUCAGGAGUCAGGAGUAUAUCAGACAGCAUACUGCGUACGUUGAUUCGUUGAGUUUCAGUAAUGAGUGAAAUGGCUCUUUGCUCUGAGGAAGGGAGUGAUGAUGGUGUCUGGGACGAUACCCUUCUUAUCAAAGCCUAUUCCAAGGCCAUAAAUGCAUCAGAAGAAAGGGUCCAUGCCCGAAAAGCAAAGGAAAAAUCAGUAAAUAAUUCAUCCUCAUCUUCAAAACAUACAAAUGAUUCUUCUUCUGCAGAGAAUGAAAGGUUUUGGAAAGUUGGAAUGCCAUGUCGCGCUGUUUAUUCAGUGGAUGGUAAGGAAUAUGAAGCCACCGUAGAAGAGCUUAAUUAUGAAAAUGGGACUUGUACCGUUGUUUACGUAGGAUAUGAGAAUGUAGAAGAAGUAGAUAUACAUAGUUUAAAGAUGUCGAGUGGAGAGAAAGCCAGAAAAUUACAGGAUCAAGUUAAAAAUAAUUUUAAGGAAGGUUCGAAACUGAUAAAACCAAAUUCAAAACGUUUUGGCUUCAUUCCUCCACCUCCUACCAUACCAAUCCUCGAUGGGAUGCCGAUGGACGAAUCCGAUGCUUUCUCUGCUAUGCUAAUGUCUUGGUAUAUGAGUGGUUAUCAUACAGGUUAUUACCAUGGUCUGAAAGAUAGAGAUGCUAGAAGAAAUUCCCAUCAUCAAAGCAGCUGAUCGCAACAUUACUAAGAUGUGUAUAAGACUGAAAUUAAUAUUGUUAAAAAUAAUUUAUUCCUUUUUCUAACAUAUAAAGUAUGAAAGGAAAUAAAUUUAUUUUAAAGGGAAAAUCUUUUGUACAUUGUUAUUCAGUACCAAUUGUAUGUUAAACAGCA